AGGCUUUGCAGACACCCAGACAGCCAGCAGCACCUCCCCCAUCCACACUGAGCCGGCACCCAGCAGAACCAGCACCAGACCUGAGCCUCGUCUCCACUUUACUAGGUUUUUCUACUUGCAGCAUACUGUUAUCCUCCAAGUGCAAACAUGCGUGAGAUCGUGCAUCUGCAGGCCGGCCAGUGCGGGAACCAGAUUGGAGCAAAGUUCUGGGAGGUGAUCAGUGAUGAGCAUGGCAUCGACCCAACAGGCAGCUACCACGGUGACAGCGAUCUGCAGCUGGACAGAAUCAACGUCUACUACAAUGAGGCUUCAGGUGGGAAGUAUGUGCCCAGGGCCAUCUUGGUGGAUCUGGAGCCAGGCACCAUGGAUUCAGUUCGCUCCGGCCCAUUCGGACAGAUCUUCAGACCAGACAAUUUCGUCUUUGGCCAGAGCGGAGCGGGUAACAACUGGGCAAAGGGCCACUACACAGAGGGGGCUGAGUUGGUGGACUCUGUCAUGGAUGUAGUGAGGAAGGAAGCUGAAAGCUGUGACUGCCUUCAGGGUUUCCAGCUCACACACUCCCUGGGUGGUGGUACCGGCUCUGGAAUGGGCACUCUGCUUAUCAGCAAAAUCCGCGAGGAGUACCCCGAUCGUAUCAUGAACACCUUCAGUGUGGUGCCCUCUCCUAAGGUGUCAGACACAGUUGUGGAGCCCUACAACGCCACUCUCUCCGUCCACCAGCUGGUUGAGAACACAGAUGAAACCUACUGCAUCGACAACGAGGCCCUGUAUGACAUCUGCUUCCGCACUCUCAAACUCACCACACCAACUUAUGGAGACCUCAACCACCUGGUCUCUGCCACCAUGAGCGGGGUGACGACUUGCCUGCGCUUCCCCGGCCAGCUUAACGCUGACCUCCGGAAGCUGGCCGUCAACAUGGUCCCCUUCCCUCGCCUGCACUUCUUCAUGCCCGGCUUCGCCCCGCUCACCAGCAGAGGCAGCCAGCAGUACAGGGCUCUGUCUGUGCCCGAACUCACUCAGCAGAUGUUCGAUGCCAAGAACAUGAUGGCAGCCUGCGACCCGCGCCACGGCCGCUACCUGACCGUGGCCGCUGUGUUCCGCGGCCGCAUGUCCAUGAAGGAGGUGGAUGAGCAGAUGCUGAACGUGCAGAACAAGAACAGCAGUUACUUCGUCGAAUGGAUCCCCAACAAUGUGAAGACGGCCGUCUGCGACAUCCCGCCCCGUGGGCUCAAGAUGGCCGCCACGUUCAUCGGCAACAGCACAGCUAUUCAGGAGCUCUUCAAGCGUAUCUCUGAGCAGUUCACCGCCAUGUUCCGCCGCAAGGCCUUCCUCCACUGGUACACCGGGGAGGGAAUGGAUGAGAUGGAGUUCACUGAGGCAGAGAGCAACAUGAACGACUUGGUGUCCGAGUACCAGCAGUACCAGGACGCCACAGCCGAGGAGGGAGAGUUUGAGGAGGAAGGCGAGGAGGAAGUGGCCUAAGGCUGAUAUGUCAUCAUCUCAUCCGCACUUGUCCCAACUCCAUCCAAACAGUAACCCAAGUAUAGCAGUCCUACUCUGCGCCGUCUUUUAGUUGGUUUUCUGCUCCAUUGUGGUACUUCUCAAGGUCUAACUCCUUAGUUCCCUUUUGUAGGAAGAAUAAGGCUGUCACACUAAAUGUUAAACUGACUCCUAUCUCUGUUUUCACGUAGAGGUAGCUAAAACAAAGGCGCUUGUGGUCUUUUUCUUAUGCAAUAGCUUUCUGUUCAUUUUCAUUAAUGGUCAUCAGAGCAGCCAGUCCAGUUUUCACUUGUCUGAUUGGCACUGAGUGAAAUAAAUUUGUUUGAAAAUGUC